AUGGCUGAUAGUAUCGCUAUUAGCCUCAAGGGUGUAACAAGAGGGUAUGGUAAAACAAAAGUGAUUGAAAAUUUGGAUCUUGAAAUAAAGAAAGGUUCAAUUAAUUCUCUCAUUGGGGCAUCAGGUUCGGGAAAAACCACUAUACUUAGGACAAUUUUGGGUAGAUUAGUUCCCGAUGAAGGAGAAGUUUUAUUAUUUGGUAGAAAACCUUUCGAUAGUGGUUGUGACCAUGGUAGAUUAAUAGGAUAUGCACCACAAGAGAAUGCAUUAUAUUUAGAUUUAUCAAUAGAUAAUACAUUGAAAUUCUUUUCAAAUAUUCAUAAAAUGUCAAAUGAAGACUAUUUAAAAAGAAGAGAUGAGUUGGUAAAGUUAUUAGAUUUACCACCAGUAUCAAGAAUUGUUGGUACUUUAAGUGGUGGUCAAAAAAGAAGAGUUUCAUUGGCGGCUGCACUUUUACAUUCACCUCAAUUAUUAAUUUGUGAUGAACCAACUGUUGGUGUUGAUGUUAUGGUAUCAAAAGGAAUUUGGGAUCACAUGAAUGAAUUAGCAAAAAGUGGUGUUACCAUCAUUAUUACAACCCAUUAUAUAGAAGAGGCAAGACAAUCAGAUAAAGUUUUCUUAUUAAGAAAUGGAAAAAUUUUAGAGAAUGGACCACCACAGCAUUUAAUCGAUAAAUAUGAUUGUAGAUCAUUAGAAGAGGUAUUUUUACAACUAUGUAAAGCCGAUGAUACCGAGUCAUUAAAUUUAGUUAGAACAAAAAACAAUUUGUUGCGAUCAAGUGAAUAUCAAACUCCCCAGCAAAUCAUUAACAAUGACGAUUGUAUUGAAGAUAUUAUUAUAGAUUCAAACUACAGUAUCAAAGAAAGCUCACCAUUAUUAGGUAUUUCAUCGAGUGGUUCUCAAAAUUUCAAUGGUGGUGCAGGUUCCCAUGGAUUUUUUUCAAAUUUUUUAAAAAAUAUAAAACAAGCAUUUGCAAUUGGUAAAAGAAAAUUCACUCAAAUUUAUAGAAAUAAAGUUGUUUUAAGCUUUGAGUUAUUGUCCCCAACACUUCAAAUUGUAUUAUACUUUUUAGCAAUCGGUGGUACUCCAAAAAAUUUAAAUUUUGGGUUAGUAAAUUUAGAUACUGGAUCAAUUGGUUCACUCUAUGUCAAUAGUUUACAAGCCAGUGGUAUUUUUAAUUUCCAUAAUUAUAAUAAUACAAACGAUGCAAUCGAGCAAAUUAAAAAUGGUAAUUCAUUUGGGUGUCUUUAUAUUCCAAACAACUUUACAAUGUCGCUGAUCGACAAGCUUAGUAACCCAGGAGGAGAUGAUCCAAAUUGGCAAAUUGGUUUGUAUAUGGAUUAUACAAACUAUCAAAUUACAUUAUUGGUAGAGCAGCAAUUAGAACUAUCAUUCGAAUCAUUGGCAGAACAAUUUAACAUCACUUUAAAUCCUAUCCAUAUUGAACCUGCUGUGUAUGGGGAUCUCUCUGCAAAGUUUAUUUGGUUUUUGGCUCCUGGGAUGGUUGGUCUAAUUACUUUUGCUCAUUCAAUAGCUAUUACAUCAGUUAGUUUUGUUCGGGAAAAAAUAGAUGGUAGUUUAGAUCGUCUAUUUAGCUAUGGUGUUAAAACUGGCUCAAUUGUAUUCGGUCAUUUCCUUGGUCAUUUACCUCUUCUCUUAAUUCAAAUUACAGUACUACUACUCAUUGCUAUCUAUGGUUUCAGUAUACCAAUCAAAGGAAAUAUUGUGCUGGUCUUCUUGAUUACAGUAAUAUUGGCAUUUGUUGGAAUGAGUCUUGGUUUAAUUAUUAGUGCUGUCAGUACUGUAGAAACCGAGGCCAUUCAACUUUCUUUGGGUGUUUACUUCCCUACCCUCAUUUGCUCUGGUACUUUAUGGCCUAUCGAAUCUAUACCACGUUGGUUUGCUUGGUUUCCAAAAAUACUUCCAGCCACUUGGGCCGCAUCUGCUUUAAGAGAUAUCAUGAUUAAAGGUGUAUCUUUAACUUAUAAAGAAGUUUGGGUUUCAUUAUUAAUUAUUAUAGCUUGGUUCAUAGCAUUGUUUACACUUUCUACAAUGGUGUUAAACGAAAAAGAUAAAAAUUUUACUUUUUUUAAAUCUAAAAAAAGAAAUUAA